AUGCUUAUUGUACAUCACCUCCAACGAUCUCAGUCCGAGCGCAUUGUCUGGCUCUGCGAGGAACUGGGCAUUCCCUACGAGCUCAAAACCUACCAGCGAGAUGCAAAGACCCUAUUAUCCCCUCCAGAAUUGCAGCAGUUGUACGUGGUCACAAAAUACCAAAAAAUUCCCCUGUCAUCCAACACCACCCUCGCAGAAUCCGGCGCGAUCGCCGAAUACAUCCUGACCAAAUACGGGAAUGGGAAAUUGACCAUCCCUCCAACAGCCGACAACUACGCGGAUUACCUGUACUUCUUACACUUUGCAAACGGAUACUUCCAGCCCGCGCUGGUGGGCUACUCCACGGUCCUCCGAUCGGGGAUCUCCCGCGAUGAUCCCAGUGCGAGGUUCGCCCGGCGCAAUUUCGAGCAGGCGCUGAAGAUCCUGGAUGAUCGACUGAGCAAAAAUACCUGGCUGGCGGGCGAGGAGUUUACUGCCGCGGAUGUGAUGAAUGUGUUUACCUUGACCACGGCGCGGUUGUUCUUCCCGUAUAGUUUGGCGGGGUAUGAGGGCAUUCUGGGUUAUUUGCAGAGGAUUAACCAGCGGGAGGCAUAUCAGAUUGCUAUGGCGAAGGGGGAUCCUGGGUUGAUUCCGUUGGUUAGUGCUGAGAAGCCUCGGUCGAUUCGGCUUUAA